CACAAGCGAUCUGGUAAUUAAUUAAGCAGGUUUGAGAGAGAUGGAAAAGUUUAACAAUAAUUAUAUCAGUUUUUCUUGUUUGGUGUUCUCUUUGUUGCUUUCUUCCCAGCUUCUCAAUGCUCAAACAGCCCAAAAUAAUCCUAUUUUAUCACCAGCUUCUGGUUUUGUUGAAGUCAGACCAAAAGCACAUAUGUUCUGGUGUUUGUACAAGAGUCCAAACAGAGUCGAAGAUCCAAACAAGCCCUGGCCAAUUAUUCUCUGGUUGCAGGGUGGGCCUGGAGCUUCUGGAGUUGGAAUUGGCAAUUUUCUAGAGAUAGGUCCUCAAGAUGUUAAUUUGAGGCCUAGAACUUCUACUUGGUUGGCAAAAGCAGAUCUACUAUUUGUGGAUUCCCCGGUGGGAACAGGGUACAGUUACGUGGAAGAUGAGACAUUAUUGGUGAAGACGGACGAGGAGGCCGUGAAGGACUUGACAAAACUGCUCAUACAAGUUUUCAAUAACAACAACAACUUGACCACUCUUUCUUCAUCAAACGCCAUCUUACACAUAAUUGGGGAGUCUUAUGGAGGAAGGUUAGGCGCCAGCCUUGCACUGUCCGCUCUCAAUGCCACUCUUGCCGGAGACUUGAAACUCAAACUUGGGGGAGUGACAUUAGGGAGCACUUGGACCUCACCUGAAGAUUCUGUGGCAGACCGGAUCACAUAUGGGGAUCAAGAUACUAAGCUUUUCCAUGCUUGGGUGAAGAAAAGGAGAGCCCAAACUCAUCUUACUGUAAUUGCUAAAGAGGAUGGAGAAGUAGUGGAGGGGAAAACCAAAGUGGCAAAAGUACUAGUAGAGUUCUAUCAAAAUCAACUAGGGAGGACAAUGGAGACUGAGGAUAUUAACCCGAACAUUAUCUCUAUGGGUGAAUUAGCUGCUGCCCAGGAGAGACUAAAGAAGGAAGUUGAGCUUAUGAUGAAACAAAUCAAGGAGCUCACUAAUUCAGUAGAGAUUCCCACGUUUAAGGGAAGAAACGACCCAGAGGAAGUUGAGCUUAUGAUGAAACAAAUCAAGGAGCUCACUAAUUCAGUAGAGAUUCCCACGUUUGAGGGAAGAAACGACCCGGAGAAAUUUUCAAAGUGGUUAGCAAAAGUUGAAGACAUCUUUAUACUCAAAGACGUACCCGAAGACAAGAGGGUCAAGCUAGUGGUGGCAAAGUUUCAAAGACAUGCCUCUACUUGGUGGGCUAGCGUUGCUUCAAAACGAAAGCUCCAAGCCAUGGUCAUACCCCCACCAAAAAUCUGCCCAUCUAUUCCAAAGAAACCCCAUUUCUUCCACUCACAAAAGAUUGGUCAUCAUGCUUUUGAGUGUCCAAGUAAAAAUCAAAAGUCCUUGGUCCAAAGUGAAGAGAAAUCAGAGCUUUUGGGACGAAAGGAAGGACAGGAUGAUGUUAAAUCUCUAGGCCAAGAUAAAGGGUAUUACAAUGAGGCUGUUACAAAGAUAGAGGCUGCAUCUUAAAUAUCCUUAGUCGAAUAUUAUGAUAAUAAGGACAUCAAUAAUAUCAAGACUAUUACGUAUGAGAUGAGAUAGCUGCGCCUCAUAGGAUAUAGAUAAAGUGUUAUCUGAAUCUAUACGUAGGCAAACAUAUUGGAUAUGUUGCUGGAUUAACCCGCUAUGAGGAUAAAAUAUGGGUUUGAGUUAAAGUGUUAAUAUUAUUCUCAUGUGACCAUUAGUAUAACUAUCCUUCGACUUGAAGUCAUUACGAUCUUUUGUAAGUUGAGUUGCAUACUUUGAAGCAUGAUUUAUGCCAUCUGAAAUAUUGAUGGAUGUACAAUUAUGUUUUGGGUAUGCAAUGAAACUUAAGUGAAUAU